GGGUCAUAAGAGGGCCCUAAACAGCACCUUAGAAUAAUCUCUAAUCAUUCAAAUGAUCUGCUGGAGGGGCCUUUGGAGAUCAUUGUGUUCUAGGUACAAGCAAGACUACUGACGGCCCUGCAUGGGAGGGGCCCAUAAAACAUUCUUGUGUUCAGGCUCCAGAAUUCCUUGCUACACCCCUGCCCACAGAAACACAUGGACAGGCCCAGCCAGCCACCCCAGUGUAAAUGUGGUGCUCAUAGCAGAGCCAGCAAUUUGACUUGCUACAAGGUAAACUGUAUUAAAUAUCAGCUAGCACAGUGUUGGACAGUUACGUUAUGUACCAUUUAUUUCCACACUGGGACUGUAUGGGUGUAACACAGCGCCCUCUAGCGGGCCCCUGCAGACAUGAGUGGUUAGCAGCAAACUCCUCUUCUGUAAGUUAAUCAAUUCAAAUACUUUGUAUUUGUUGGAAGAAAAGUGAUUUAUGUAGUGUUACAUUGGACAAAUAGGACUUCUAAUUCGCACAACAAAUGCCUCUGUAACUUAAACCAACUAGAAAACGCGGCGGAAUUGUUGUUCCCUGUUUGUGCUGUAAGAAGUAUCGACUUGGUAAAUUGAUAUACAGACGUUUUAUGGUGAAGGCUGUAACCGGAAGUGCCGUGUGGCGUUGAGAAACCGGCUUAACGUCCGUGCCCUCCUCCCCAGCAUCACUCACCGGCUCACAGCUUUCCGCAGAGCCGAGCAGGAGUGCACCGCCGCGGGGAAGAUGGCCUCAGUUUGUUGUAUUAUGCAGAGCGGAGUGUGGCGGUGAUCCUGGCGGGUUUCGGGUUUCCCUGACAGUGUUUGUCUCCCCGAGGAUGAGAAGACAAGCCUGCAGGAGCAGCAGCGGCAGUCGCACUCACACUACUCCAGGACACACUGCACUGCGUGAUGCAGAUCAGAGUCCAAGAGUUGACAUCCUGCUGCCAGGAGGUGAUGGUGGUCUCUCUCCUCUGCUCACCUGCUCCUCAAACGUCACGAUGUUAACGUUUUAUUCACUUGUUCUUCACACAAGUCGGUGCAUCAACCUGCGUCUCCACCGGGACCGUUGACUGUCUUUCCCCCCCCUACGAUCCCACAGGACAGCCAACGCUGGACUGUUUGUGUUAAACCACCGGAGGACUUCAAAUGUGAUUUCUACGAUGAUCUGGCGGCUGUAAAGCGAGAGAAACAUUAAUAGAAGUCACCUGGCGUCGCAUCUAAUUGGCUGGCCGCGAAGCACAUGAUGGCCAAUAACAACGAGCUACAAAGUGAUCCAGGCGGGCUGUCGGUGCUUGAGCAGCUUGGUCUGGACCAAAACUCUGACUUCUCCGACUCCAGCGUGCAACAGCGCCUGGACGAGCACCGCGAGAGGAUCCGCAGGGAGAUCCGCAAGGAGCUGAAGAUCAAGGAGGGUGCCGAGAAUCUGCGUAGGGCCACCACAGACAAGAGGAAUGCCCAGCAGGUGGACUCACAGCUCCGCAGCUCCAAGCGAAAGUUGGAGUCCCUCCAUGCUCAGCUGCAGGAGCUGGACGCACACAUCGUGGUCAAGGGCCCUGAUGACAACAAAGACACCCCACAGUCUCCAGGGUCGGUCAGUCGCACAUCGGCUAACCAGCACCGCAUCGCUGCUUUGGAGCGGCAGCUGAACAUUGAGCUGAAGGUCAAGCAGGGAGCAGAGAACAUGAUCCCAAUCUAUGCCAAUGGAGGUACCAAGGACAAGAAGCUUCUCCAGACGGCUCAGCAGAUGCUGCAGGACAGCAAGACAAAGAUCGACAUCAUCCGCAUGCAGAUUCGAAAGGCAAUGCAGGCCACGGAGCAGUCUGAGGACAACCAAUGUAAGCCCGACCUGUGUGGGGUGGAGCUGCGCGUGGAGGAGCUGUGGCAUCACUAUCGCGUGGAGCACGCAAUGGCCGAGGGGGCCAAGAACAUGAUGAGGCUGCUGGGAGCAGGAAAGGUCCAGGACAAGAAGGCCAUGACUGAGGCUCAGUGUGGUCUGAGCGAGUCGUCCCAGCGUCUGGACCUGCUCAGGUGCUCUCUGGAGCAGAGGCUGGUGGAGCUCCCCGAGGAUCAUCCCAAAGCUUGCCUCAUCAAGGAGGAGCUAGUGCUGGCCUCCUCCUCGGCCUUCAGCUCCCGCCACAGCACCCCCUACGUCCACAACCAGUACAGCACCCUGAGCAAACCGUCUCCACUCACAGGUACACUUGAGGUGCGUCUUCUGGGCUGUGUGGGGCUGCUGGAGGUCGUCCCAGGGCGAAGCAGAGCGAACCCGUUGGUUCUUCCCUCUCACUCUCCAGGAGAUGGACGCUCCUCAUUCAAACUGAGUGGCCUCUAUAGCCGCAGCACCAGCAGCAUGAGCCUCAAGAUCCCCGGCAAGAACGAGGAGCUCUCCACGGAGGUAAGCGCAGUGCUGAAGCUGGAGAACACAGUGGUGGGUCAGACAGUUUGGAAAACAGUUGGAGAGCAGGCCUGGGACCAGACCUUCACUGUCGAGCUGGAGAGAUCCAGGGAGAUGGAGAUUGCAGUGUACUGGAGAGAUUACCGCUCCCUGUGUGCUCUGAAGUACCUGAAGCUGGAAGAGUUCCUGGACAACCAAAGACACCGAAUCCAGCUGGAGCUGGAGCCACAGGGGCUGCUGCUGGCUGAGGUGACUUUCUUCAAUCCAGUAAUAGAGAGAGGCCGUCGACUUCAGAGGCAGAAGAAAGUAUUCUCUAAACAGCACGGUAAAGCCUUCCUGCGUGCUCGUCAGAUGAAUGUGGACAUCGCCACGUGGGUCCGCCUGCUGAGGAACGCCAUCCCCAGCGGAAGCAACACACCUUCUUACACACCAAGUUUCUCAAGCAGCACACUCACACACAGCACAGGAGAAAUCUCGGUGGAGAAGCUGAAUCUGGAAGGCACCUCACCUCCCAAAGCUGAAAUCAGGAGAGAUGUGGUGGAUGCACCGGCUCCCUUGGAACAGACGCCAGUCAUUGAGCCCCCUUCCACGCCGGAUGUCCCUGUUCAUGAGCAGCCAACCAGAUCGCUGUCCCAGAACUCUUUACGCAGACCCAGCAGCGGCCCUCUGUCCCUGCAGGACUUCAAGCUGAUAGCAGUGCUCGGCAGGGGUCACUUUGGGAAGGUGUUGCUGUCGGAAUACAAACGGUCAGGCAGCCAGUACGCCAUCAAAGCCCUGAAGAAGGGAGACAUCGUCGCGAGGGAUGAAGUGGAAAGUCUGAUGUGUGAGAAGCGGAUCUUUGAGACCGUCAACGGCUCCCACCACCCCUUCCUGGUCAACCUGUUUGCAUGUUUCCAGACGCCAGAACAUGUGUGUUUUGUCAUGGAGUACACCGCAGGAGGAGACCUCAUGAUGCACAUACAUGCAGACGUCUUUUCUGAGCCACGUGCUGUGUUCUACUCAGCUUGUGUCGUCUUGGGUCUGCAGUUCCUUCAUGACCAUAAGAUUGUGUAUCGGGAUCUUAAAUUGGACAACCUGCUGCUCGACACAGACGGUUUUGUGAAGAUAGCAGACUUUGGGCUCUGUAAAGAAGGCAUGGGUUAUGGGGACCGGACCAGCACAUUCUGUGGGACCCCUGAGUUUCUGGCCCCGGAGGUGCUGACAGACACGUCAUACACCAGAGCUGUGGACUGGUGGGGCCUCGGGGUGCUCAUCUAUGAGAUGUUGGUCGGUGAGUCUCCAUUCCCAGGUGACGAUGAGGAGGAGGUUUUCGACAGCAUAGUGAACGAUGAGGUGCGCUAUCCCCGCUUCCUCUCCACCGAAGCCAUCGGCAUCAUGAGACGGUUGUUGAGAAGGAAUCCUGAAAGACGUCUGGGCUCUGGAGAAAAAGAUGCCGAAGAUGUUAAAAAACAACCUUUCUUCAGGAAUAUGGACUGGGAGGCCCUCCUUCAGAGGAAGGUCCCACCGCCGUUCGUCCCGACCAUCGGAGGAAAGGAAGAUGUCAGCAACUUUGACGUGGAGUUCACAGCUGAGGCUCCCACCCUCACGCCGCCCCGCGAGCGCCGCACCCUCAAUCGCAAGGAGCAGGACUACUUCAAGGAUUUUGACUAUGUAUCCGACCUCUGCUAGGGUCAGAGGUCACAGGGUUCUUAGCUGCCCACUGCCAGCCACAGACUCUGAAAUGAGACGGAGAAGUGACGGCUGACUUUGUCCUGCACAGGGAGGGAGAGAGAGACUCGGUUGCGAUGAGAGGCGAGGAUUACUCUUACUCUGUCCUCCUCCUCUCUGUAUGUUUGUGUUUUCAAUGGAUGGAGGACCGGCUGCGCCGAGUGUGUGUGACUGAGGAUCAGCAGAUUCUGAUCGCCCGUUACACACACACAUAGUGUCACGGAUCUGCCGACCCCGAGAUCAGCAGAUCCGUGACACGAGUGGCUUUUAGAGGAGGAGGAAGUGGUCCUGAUAGCAUAAAAUAAUCCAGAUUAUGUAACAAGUGGUGGAUGAGAGGAUGGACCCGACUGUCUGUCCUGCCUGGCAACACACUGAAGCAAAAAAGAAAAAAAAAGAAAUCAGCAAUUGUACCGGAAAUGCUCAGAGAGAGUGAAAAUCAGUUAUUCUGACAGGAAGCAGUUUGUCUCGUUCCUUCCUGCACUUGCUCUCGUCUCUUGUCCUUUUAUCUCUGCUGUUUGUUGCUGCUAAGUGUGCGUUUCGCUGUGUACGGUGUCCCUGCCUCAGUCAUGAAUGUAUCCACAUCAUGCACCACCUGUACAUUUACACACGGGGGAGCCAGAGCAAAGAGAAAACAUCUGCCAACUUCUGAUCAGAGCUGCUGCUGCCGCCUGCUGGCAACAGCAGAGCGAAGAGAGGGAGGAGAGUCUGCGCUCCAUCCCACCCAGACACCUUCUUCAUCAUCGUCUCCUCGUGUCCGCCGUCUUUCGGUACAACACAGAUUUUUUAACUACAAUCAUUUUUCAAUGACCACAUGAAAGCUUUUACAAAUUUUAUUCUUUUUUUGUGAUUUAUAGUUUUUUUUUGUUCCCUCCGUCUGUGUUUCUUCCUCUGUCAUUUGCUGGUGAAAUGUGUUGGAACUGUGACUCAGUAAAGAUGUGAACUCAA